UUGUGCUUGGAGGAAUGUAAAAAUUCCAAUAAAAGGUUUUCAUGAAACAAGUUGAAAACCGAGAAGAAAAUGCUGAAUGCAUUAGACUAUACGUUUUAAAUUUCUCAAAUAUAUUUGGAACGCGUUGUGACCAAAGUAUAAAUGGUGUGACUGUUAACAGUUGAGACAUAAAACAACUGCAACAAAAUGAGUUCUGAAAAGGUUGUUGAGGACAUAGCCAACUGCGUGCGUCAGAAUGUGCCGUGGCAUUUAUUGCCCGUUCAUUUAAAGCAGAUAUUGCAUAGUAAUCAAAGGGAUUACGAGAAAUAUGUGUUUAAUUACAGUCUAAAAAAUCAAUUACGUUUUCGUGGUAAUCUAGUGGCGAAAGUGUUUCGACGUGAGCAGCGCUAUUACGAACUGCUGGUACAGAAGAGCAUUAACACAUUGUGCUUGUUUCCAUAUCAUUUAGCUGAUGUUGUCACCAAAGGUUUAAGAGUGACACCAUUCAACUACUACUUGGAUGUUUUAUCACAAUUGCUGCGCAACGACAAAAGUUACGAUACCUUACCCAAUUUCACGGCAGUGGAUUGUUUACGAGUUUUGGGUAUUGGAAGAAAUGAAUAUUUAUCUUUGAUUAGCGAGCUAAAAACUCAUACUACAAGAGCUGUGUUAUUUACUGCUAAGCCGAACCCGUUGGCUUUUUUACCAAAAUUUCCUCUACGUAUCCGAAUUGAACCAUGGUGGCGGAUAGAAGUAGGCUUUAUUCUGGAAUCCGAUAUAAAGUUUGUAACGCCGUCGGAACGUGGUCUGAUUGACGAUUUGAUCGACUUUGGCUCUCAAACAGCGGGCAAGUGCAAUUAUAAUAUUGUCCACAGUCUUUAUCGCAAAGGCUUAAUCUACUUAGAUGUUCCCAUAUCUGGAGAAGACCGUAUAUGUAUACCUCCCUUAAGGAAUUUUGUAAUGAACCGCGUCAGCGGCGAUUACUUCGAAAAUCUGCUCUACAAAAUCUUUGUUAGCGCUGAUGAACAUAUGACUAUAGCAGAAUUGGCUCAAAUGCUGCAACUAGAUUUGGAUUCAGUGAAGCAUGCCAUUAGCUUAUUCUGUCGAUUGGGCUUUGCUCAACUUAAAGAAUCGGCUGUAAGCGAAAGUAGUUUAGGAGAUUGUAAUAAAGAUAAAUUUCAUUGCUCAUGGGAUGAGUUUAAAAAAGAACAAGCUCUGGCCAAAGAUGUACCACAAAUUACACCUCUUAAUUACAAUAAUUAUACCGUUUCCGAUGCAGAUAUAAUCAUCAAUCAAGAGAAACCCAAAGACAUGUACAAAGAUAAGCAAAAAGAUAAAGACAGCAAUUCAAUUGGAUACCUGUCUUCAGAUGGCAAUACCAGCGAAUUUAGUUUUGCCAAUAUGCCCAUGCCUUCUCCUCAGCCAAAUACUUCGCCUCCGAAUACAGGUAUACCGUCAUCGGAUGAUCCAGAUCUUUCCUCGGAAGUUGAUGAUCUUAGCGAGAGUACAACAAAGCAAAGCGUUAGGGAAGUUUCCUCUUUGACACCACCAUCCGUCGCGGAACAAUCGCCGAAAACUGGUAAACGUGUGGGAUUCUUGUUCGAUUCUACCCUCACGGCAUUCUUAAUGAUGGGCAACCUAUCACCAGGCUUGAAAAAUCAUGCUGUGACAAUGUUUGAAGUGGGAAAGUUGUGUGAAGAGAGUUUAGACACAUUUUUAAAUGAAUUGGAAAAGGUCUCACUGCUUGAUGCUGAGGGCGAAGGCGAUGUAUCGCGAUACUUUGCGCACGCUGUCAUACUACGAUCAACCAUUUGUUCUUUGCGUCAUUUAUUACCAGGAGGCUUAGAUCUUUUGCGCCUAGAAUGUUUAGAAUGCUUGGAUCAAAAGACUAGAGAUCGUGUAUUGGAGAAAAAAUAUAAAUUUAUUAUUUCGGCCACCCCUCUGACUGCCAAUCUAUCUCAUUUGUUUAGUGUACCAUUUUUUGGUCAAUUUUACAGUACUUGCGAUAGCACGCAUAUGUGGACGAAGUUAUUCUACAAUCAUGUAACAGGUUACGGGCCGCCUAGUCUGUUUUUAUGCCGGGGCACCGUAUUGAAAGCCUUGCCACGCUUAUUCCUAGGUUACGGCAAGUUACUUGUGUACAUUUUACAUUCUGAUUCCUAUAUAAUUAAUAGUGAAAAUUUUCGUAAUUUAAAUGAUCAAUUGAAAAACGGUUGCGUUCUUGUACAGGGUUAUGGUAUACGUACACCUGGGGAAUUACGUUAUGAAGCCUUCCCCUUUGUAAAGACCGAUCCGAGUCAAAGUAAAUGGUCCACACAUAAAGCUGUUCUAAAACUAGAAGAACAUCUGGAUCUAGAAUACCAUUGCGGCUAUAUAACAUUUUUAAAUACCGGUGUACCGGAUAUAGGUUGUGAGAUAUGUGAUGUGGACGUACACUUAAAGCUCUCCAGAAGCAAACUUAAAAUUGAUAAAGUAAAAAAUAACAUAAAUAAUCAAACAGAAAAAGUGCCAAAGAAACCGAAAGGUAGAAAAGAGGAAGUUACUAUGCCUGACAUAACUAAGGAGUUAAUGUCUCCCGAUAAUACGGAGUUGACUAGUUUUUCACGGCCAGGCAACUCACCGCAACGUAAUUUAAAAAGCCCAGAUGAAAAUUACUUUGCAAAUAGUCCACAAAAUAAUGAACAUUCGGCGGUAUACACGAUGGCCGAGAAUUGCAAUGAACUCUUGGCCAGUGUUAAAUCUGAAUUAAGUCAUGCCUCCGUGGAAGAGUUGCUAAAUUCUGAACCAAUCGGUAACUACGACGUUAACGCGCCAGAUAUUACAGAAGAAUGGACUUUACUGGAUGUUAAUUUCGGUGUACCGCUAUUCGAUGUCGACUGCAAUACACGGAUUUGCGAACAGAUUGUGCGCAAAUUGUGUUCGGAGGAAAAUCUAAAGAAAUUGAUUAUUAGAUCUGAACAAAUGUCCGAGAAAUUCUAUAAAUUUGUUAAACAAUGUUUAUACUUUGAAGAUGAACCCAGUGGCGAACUGGUAAAAAUUGGCAAAAAUUUACCCCAUCCGCGUCUUAAUCUGGCAUUUGAAAAUGGAAAAGUUUGUUAUUGGAAUGGCAGAUAAACACAAAGUGAAAAUAGCAGAGAAUAGAACGUUGAAGAAAGGACGAAUUGUAUGUAUAUUUCUUUUUACAGGAAAGAAAACAUUCCUCUUAUCAAGUAUUCGAUUAAAUAAUUGUUUGUUUGUUUG